CAACUUUCUUUGAUUUCUCACCGGUUGAUUACCAGAAAAUGCGUCUCUCCCAACACACCGCGCUCCCCCACGUCGCCAACGCCUUUGGUACCAUCUUCAUCGGGUUCGGGGUCAACGCGCUUCUCCGCCCCGAGCAUGCCUUGACCUUCUUCGAAUGGGCACCUCCCACCACAGACCCCGAGCGACAGCUGGUCCACAGCCUCGUCCACAUCUACGGCGUCCGCGAUAUCUUCAUGGGUCUUGCCAUUUACGCCGCCUCCUUCUACGGGACGCGAAGGUCGCUCGGGUGGACGUUGCUGGCUGGUAGUGCGGUGGCCUAUGCCGAUGGGGCGGUCUGCUGGAUGUGGGGGCAGGGACAAUGGGGUCACUGGGGUUAUGCACCGUUGAUCACGGCGGUUGGUGCUGUGCUGGCUGGGCUUUUGGAUUGAGUUUGAUUGACAAGGGAGUCACCUCAGCAGUCUGGUAUGAUGAAGAUGUGGACGUCGUAUGCAAACCAAAUGUUGUAUGUGGAGUUCAAGCCAGAAGGCUUUAGGGGCUCGCCUACUGUAUUGUAAGUUGGGUAUAAUUGAGUGAACUAUAAUGUGAGGCUGCAUGCAUUGUUAGUCAUCACCCUUGCCAAGGCUAUC